AUAACCUUCCUGUAUUCCUGUUCCUGACUUUGGACUUGUCUAAAGCGUUGGCCCAGUUGCCCAAUGUGGCUGCUCUUUUGUAGGGCAGCAUACAUACAUAUUUGACCCAUUUUCUACGCUGGGAUCAGAAUUCAUUAGAAUUUGUAAUUGAAUUGCUGGAGGGGGAAGCAGGCAGGCAGGCAGACCGAGCGUGACUGAUAGGGGAAGGGUGACUCCAUUCUCCUGGACAGCUUGUCUCGCUGUCGCACACAAAACACGGCUAAUCGGACGCGUUAUUGGACGGUAGAACCAGCUGGGUACCGACCGGGGGCCGCGGAUUUUCCUCGCCAUGCCUGCAGCACGAUACACGGAGGACAGUUCGGAGGGAAAACGGGACAGCAGCGAGGAAAAAACGCCAUUGUUUGAGCAUGAUAGUGACAACAAUGAAGCCAGCAGCAGCGUCAGCGAGGAGAGCGAGCGGGAAGACGGCAUCGUGAUGUCGCGGAGGAACAUGUUCGGCUCCUCCAGCGGGACGUACAACGUGCGGGCGUCGGAGAUCGCGCGGGACAAGCACCGUCCCGAGGUGCAGUGUCAGGUCUACAUGCUGGACGACACAGUACAGACCUUCAAAGUCUUCAAAAAAGACAAGGGAGGAGUGUUGUUAGACAAGGUGUUUAAGUACCUGGACCUGGUGGAGAGAGACUACUUCUGUCUCAUGUUCCAGGAUGACAUUCCAGAACAGAUGAGAUGGCUGGAUGCCCACAAACCCAUUAGGAAGCAGAUCAGAACGGGAUCUCCCUACAGUCUGUAUUUCAGAGUAAAGUUCUAUGCAACAGACCCUAGCAAACUUCAGGAAGAGUACACAAGGUACCAUUUCUUCCUACAACUGAAGAAGGACAUUCUUGAAGGAAGAUUACCCUGCUCCCCACAUACUGCUUCCCUGUUGGCGUCGUAUGCUGCACAAUCUGAACUGGGUGAUUACGACCCAUCAGAACAUCUGCCAGGUUACCUGCAGGAGUUCAGAUUCGUGCCCAACCAGUCCCCAGAGUUCGAGAGGGAAGUAGAGGAACUACACAAAAGACAUGUAGGUCAGCCCCCAUCAGAGGCAGAGUUUAACUACCUAGAUCGAGCCAAGAGGCUGGAGUUCUACGGAGUUGACCUGCACUAUGCUCGGGUAAGACAAAGAGGUCUUACACAGAUGAUAACUUUCCAACAGUACAACCAUAGCCUCUCGGACCAAAGUAACCUGGAGAUCCAGUUGGGGGUUACGGCAGCAGGCAUCAGUAUUUAUCAAAACGGGGUGAAGAUAAACACAUUUUCAUGGGACAGUGCCAGCAGUUCGAUCUCACCCCAUACCAGACACAUGGCCAAAAUUGUCAAGAUUUCAUUCAAGAGAAAACAGUUCUUUCUCCAGCUACGAAAAGAACCGAAUGAUGACCGAGAAAACGCCAUCGGAUUUAACCUGGCGAACUACCGUGCCUGUAAGAACCUGUGGAAGUCCUGCGUGGAACACCACACCUUCUUCCGCCUGGACACGCCCAAGCUGCCUUCCCGCCGAAACAUGCUCACACUCUUCAAACUAGGCUCCAAGUAUAGAUAUAGUGGAAGAACGGAACGACAAACAAUAGAACUUGGCAAAGAAGAAGGAAAUAGAAACAGACAAUUUACCAGGAAUCCUUUCUUCAGGACUCCCAGUAAGAGGUACGCCAGGCGGACCAUCGGCGGGAUCACCCGGGACGUCAUCAAGGACGAGAUUCGUAACGAGGAGAUCAGACGCUCACUCGUGCGCCAGUCCCACUCUGUGUCUGCCCCGGGUUUGAGGAAUAUCAAUGGCUCUGCUGAACUGCUGGAGAGAAGACCGCCGUCCAUGUCUUCCCCCACCAAGGAGAUCCCCAUCAGGAGGGCGUGGUCAGACGGACACCAAUCAGAGGAAGAUGAGGGAGGUUUUGCUCCAGACUACAUUACACGAGGGAAGCAGUUUAAGGCUUACAGUGAAGAUGGCAGUUUUACAGAGAAGUCAUAUGAAGUCCUCCCAUCUUACAAUGAGAACUUGCCCAACGGAAACCUGGUUCCAGACAACAGCAUUGUUCUCAUCCGGAUGAAACCAGAUGAACAGGGGCGAUUCGGCUUCAAUGUCAAGGGUGGAGCAGACCAGAAUAUGCCUAUCAUUGUAUCAAGAGUUGCUCCCAGUACCCCCGCGGACAAAUGCGUUCCGCGGCUGAACGAGGGCGACCAGGUUCUCCUGAUCAACGGUCGCGACGUCUCGCAGCACACGCACGAACAGGUGGUCAUGUUCAUCCGCUCCACACGGGAGUCCCACACCGGCGAGCUCGAGCUGACCGUCAGACCAAACGUGUACAUCCCUGACGGUGUAGAAGAGGAGCCAGAUUUUAUGUACACGCCAGACAACCUGAACCCCCCUCGCCCUCCCAUCACAUCAGAUGACGCUCUGAAGGAAUCCAUGGUCCUCAUAGAGGAGGGACUGAAAACUGGGGCAUCACUCUUACAGUUCGAUCAAUUGUUUAGGAAGAAGCCUGGUAUGACCUGUAACGCCUCCAGAAUACCUGAGAACAUCUGUAAAAAUAGGUAUCGAGACAUCUCACCAUAUGAUGAGACAAGAGUGAUGUUGCAGGGUGGACAAGACUACAUCAACGCCAACUCUGUAAAUAUGGAGAUCCCCAGGAUGGGCAUAGUGAACCGGUACGUGGCGGCGCAGGGGCCGCUGCCCAACACCAGCGGGGACUUCUGGCAGAUGUGCUGGGAACAGCAGUGUACGCUCAUCUGUAUGCUCACAACACAAGUGGAGAGGGGAAGGGUGAAGUGCCACCAGUACUGGCCUGACUUACACCAGACCAUCCAGUUUGGCGGGCUGCAGAUCUGCUGUGUUACUGAGGAGACCACACCCUCAUUUGCCUUCAGAGACUUCAGCAUGAUCAACCUGAAUACUGAUGAGGAGAGGAGAGUUGUACAGAUGCAGUACCUGGCCUGGCCAGACCACGGUGUCCCUGAUGACUCUACAGAGUUCCUGGACUUCGUGUUCAGGGUCAGGCAGCAGAGAGUGGGCAUGGUGGAGCCAACCAUGGUGCACUGCAGUGCUGGGAUCGGCAGGACGGGCGUCCUCAUCACCAUGGAGACAGCCAUGUGUCUGAUUGAGUGUAACGAGCCGGUGUACCCGCUGGACAUCGUCAGAACCAUGAGGGAACAGAGGGCCAUGAUGAUACAGACUCCUGCACAGUACAAGUUUGUAUGCGAAGCAAUCCUGAGAGUAUACAAAGAGGGAAUUGUAAAACCACUGGCUGAGUUCAAGUCUCCGUUCAACCACAAGUGACACCCUGCACCCUUCAGUCCCUCCACACUUUCCUUUGGCAAUCCUACCCACAUCAUACGGAGAUAGUCUCUUCAAGUUGUACAUAUUUUUAAUCAAGACAUUUAAUCUAUGCAUUUUUUCGGUCACAAUUUUCCUACCGGAUGUCGGGGAGUAACAAGUUUCAUGCUUACGUAGCAGGUUUUUGUGGAAAGAAUGGAAGAACCGUAUCCAAUUAUGUAGCAAAUCUCUUGGUAGUUUCUUGCCACAAUUGUACUUUUUUUACUUCCUCGCACUUCUUUUGAGCAACAUUUGUUCAAAGUUACAAGAUGAAAAGUCAUGGUAGUGUAGUAUUAUUUUAAUCUAAUUGUGGUGGUCGCCGAUCAUUCCUAUGGGAUUCGCCAUGCGAUUUGAAUCUAAAGUUAUAAUGUUAAAAUCAGUGAACCCUGAGUGGGACUUUUAUUCUGAACAAAUCAAGGUUUGAAGCACUCUUUGAAUUCAGAACGCAAUGAGUUUAAAUUAUGACAUGCUUUCUCUACUUGGAUGACCAUGGUAAUGUGAUUGGGUACUUUUGGAGACUUUCCAACUUGCCCCGCUCAAAUCUAAAUGUUGCAAUUGUGGCACCAAUCAGAAAUUUGCCUGAGCAAUUUUAAAAUUGCUUUAGUUUAAUGCACGGGCAAUUUUCACCAAAUAUUCUCUUAAUGUAGUUGCCUGUCUUUCCGUUGAUUCAAUUUGUACAUAUAUUUUUUUCAUUUGUUGGCAUUCCAGUAGGUUUAGAUACUUAGAGGCAGCGGCCGCAUUAUGUGGUAAAUAAGCGAGUAUACUUAGCUGCUAGUACUUGUCAGAUGGUCAUAUCUGUACAUAUUAAUGCAUUAUUCUCAUUUCACGAGGAAAGAAAAAGACAGCUACUUAUGAUAUUUUGCAGGUUAAGAGUUGAAACAAACACCUAAUGUCAAAUGCUUCCAUUUGAAAGGGUUGCAAAUGAUGAUAUUGAAAUGAGUACACUGCAAAACUUACGGUACAUGUAUAACAUCAAUUAUACUUGAGACAGAUAUGUUUUAGUGCAAAGUGUUACAGGUUCAGUUUUCAGUUCAUUGCAGUUGGCAUAGUUGCAUCAUUUUACACACCAUUCAUACAAUUGUGUUUUGGAAAUAAUUUUGGUUCGUGUGUGCCUUUGUUCUGUAAACCACACUAAUAAUAUUUGCCUUCAUAUUUCUGCGUAUUUUCUUGGUACCCUUAGACUAUGUCCCUCUGUACACAGUUGAGGUUGUAUAUGGUUGUUGUAGAUUCUAGUUUUGUUACACAGUUAAAAACAAGGACCACACUUCAUUUUGUUUUUAUUAAUCUAUUCUUUCUAUAUCACAUGGUACCAUGUAGUUAUAAUAUGCAGAUUAAGUCAUAUUUACUUUGGGAACAGUUAGAGUUAAGCUGCUGGUCAGUUAAACACAUGCUACUGUAGAGAAAAUAUGAUCUGUUGAAAUUCUUCCUGCUAUAAUCAGUGAGUGCUCCCAUUGGAUACUGGUACCUGCUUGAUAUGCGCAUAUUAAUGAAUGACAUUCCGGACAUUUUUUUGGGACAAUUCACUUAUCACUCGAAACCCAUGGGUCUUUUUAAAGCCCCGAGAAGGAAUAUUGAUAGAAAAUUUUAAAUUCAAUGCCACUUCUGAGGACAUUUUAGAAUCAGUGACUGUUUUGUACAAAUUCAAAGAAUAUUUAAUUACCUUCUGUUAGAUGCUGCAGAGAAGUUUACUUGCAAAUUCUAGCAAAGUUUUUGCAGGGCACAGAAAUGUGCUUCCAUCCGUAAUGGUGAUUUACAGUGUAAUGUUUUUGAAAAGAAUUUCCGACUCAAUCAGAGAUCUACAAUGUAGUUGUAGUUUCCAUGCCUUGUAUUUUCUAUCAAGUGAAAUCCCGUAAUGGCCAUUUUCACUGAAAACACUGUUUACAUUUUAGAUGAUUACUGAAGAACUCAAACAUUUUACCCUCUUGUAAGGAUAAAGCGAUUUUUAACGCCGGCAUUGCUCGAUACAGUUAAACAUAUGAGAAACUGCGUGUGUGCAUUUGCAAACAUAUAGGGUGCCAUAUGUAAAGAAACCAUUUCUUGUCUGUAAGGUACUGUAGACUAAGUGUAAUAACUGAGUUGUUGAAGACCAUGACAUUAAUGUACCUUUCUGGAGUGCAAGAUUUCUAACAGUAGUUGCCUUCCUCUGAUCUAUACGUUUGUUCACUAUGAGAGUGUAGAUA